AGCAAACAAACUGAAGCAGUGGCUGCGCAUUGAUGGAGAAAGACUAGCACAGGAUAAGUUCACUACGGCAAAGUUACAGCUAAGGAGGCCUUUAUAUCAGUAUGUCGGUUAGUACCUAAAUGCUGGCCUGUUAAUUCAUUUUCUUGAUUUAAUGGAUUCUGAAGAAGAAGGUGAGGUCUUUUCAGAAGAUCAGAACCAUGUGAUUGCAGAGGAGGACGAUGAAGAGGAGGAUGCCAAGAUUUUCAAUGCCUGGAUGCAGCGGUACAGAGGUGGCGAGCAGCAGAAGAAAACAGACGAGGAGCAAGACGAGGAGGCAGAAGAAGGAAGAGUUGAAAGCAGAAUCAGCUACGAGUCGGCGGCCCGGCUUCAAACCAAACGCCGAUCAUCGCUGCCGUGUCUGGCGACUCUGUCGACCACAGAGCUGGCUCGUCUCCACUCCUGCACCCAGGCCCCCGUGACCGCCAAGACUCUGCUGCGGCGCUCCUCCUCACGCCGCCUCCUGCCAUCGCAGCAGGAGGGUGCCGCCUGCGCUCUUGCUGCUGAGCGAAGACCCCUUCUCAUACCUGCAAUCCCAGAGGCCGUUAUGCCUGAGAGAAAGAGCCAGUUCAGGAGACGCAACGUCAUGUCUUUGAGCGAUGCAGACAGCAUGUGUCUGAUCUGCCACAAUGAUCUGAAACGAGGAUCCGGUGGUGUCCGAGAGCUGCAGUGCACACACACCUUCCACCGAGAGUGUAUAGAGGAAUGGUUAUGGAGGAAGCAGUCUUGUCCCACAUGUCACGUCCAAGUGCUCACGCCGCAGCAGGCUGCCUACUGGAGCUCCACCACUGUGAUCGUGCCCUGAGAACACUCUGGAGCGCCACCAGGAGGUGGUCAAGGCUGCAGUGGCCUUCACAACUUCAUGCAUCAAGUAACAGUCACAUGGUCAGCGGGGUUGCUGGGGACUUGAUCAAGAGCAUACUCAAGACUAUUGUGGGCACUGGGAGGCUGGGUUGAUAUUUAAAGUCAUUUUAUUUAAAAUUAUUCAACCCUCCAGGUAAAUUACAAUUGUUUUCAAAAUUUACAAACUUUCAAUAAAUUACCACUUUCAAUAUUGACUGCUUGUAAUAUUAGCUGUGUGGCACCAGUGAAUUUGUUGCUGUUUUGUUGGUUCGUUGCAAACUACUAUUUGUACAUUUUGUAAAUAAACAAGGUGGGUUGACUAAUUCUGUACAUGCAUACAUUUUGGGACAGCGCAGUGCGAAAAGUGUUUAGCACGUCUGUCUCACAGUCCUCCCUCCCUCAGGCCCUCCUGGGUGGAGUUUGCAUGUUCUCCCCAUGCUUUCGCAGCUUUUCUCUGGGAACACUUGAGUUCCUCCCACAAUCCCAAAAUUAACAUUUUAGGUUAAUUGAAAACUCUGAAUUGUCCAUGGGUGGCUUGUGGCAAAAGUCAUAAAAGUCACAACCAGAGAAACCUCACUGUGUUGGUGAUAUUCAUUUUAAUAAAGUUUGA